AGUGUCCGUUGUCUCUCCGAGACGUGUGUUGCGAUUGGCGGAGUGCCUGAAAAAGCCACGUUACGUGUGGGUGGGCCAAUUUAAUCCUCGCCUUCGUUGAGCGCCGCCGUGGUGGCUGCUGGGCCCGGGCUUGGUAGGCCGCAGUUGUGUGAAGUGAGAUGGCGGUGGCCGUGCGGGCUCUGCAAGAGCAGCUCGAGAAGGCCAAGGAGAGCCUCAAGCACGUCGAUGAAAAUAUCCGAAAACUCACGGGGCGGGAUCCCAACGAUGUUCGACCCGCUCAAGGUAGACUGCUGACCAUCACAGGCCCUGGUGGAGGUAGGGGGCGUGGAAGUCUGUUGCUGAGGCGUGGAUUCUCGGAUAGCGGAGGAGGACCCCCAGCCAAACAGAGGGAUCUGGAAGGGGCAACCAAUAGAUUGGCAGGGGAACGUCGGACAAGAAGAGAAUCACGCCAUGAAAGCGACGCAGAGGAUGAUGAUGUUAAAAAACCUGCGUUGCAAUCUUCUGUUGUUGCUACCUCCAAAGAGCGAACACGCCGAGACCUUAUUCAGGAUCAAAAUAUGGAUGAAAAGGGGAAACAAAGGAAUCGGCGUAUAUUUGGUCUGUUGAUGGGUACUCUUCAAAAGUUCAAACAAGAAUCAACAGUUGCUACUGAGAGGCAAAAAAGACGGCAAGAAAUUGAACAAAAACUUGAAGUACAGGCAGAGGAAGAGAGAAAACAAGUUGAAAAUGAAAGGAGAGAACUCUUUGAGGAAAGACGUGCUAAACAAACAGAACUGCGGCUUUUGGAACAAAAAGUUGAACUUGCUCAGUUGCAAGAAGAAUGGAAUGAACAUAAUGCCAAAAUAAUUAAAUACAUAAGAACAAAGACAAAGCCUCAUCUGUUCUACAUUCCUGGCAGAAUGUGUCCUCCUACUCAGAAGCUGUUUGAGGAUUCUCAAAAAAAGUUAAACGCACUCUUUGAAAAUAGACGCAUUGAAUUUGCUGAGCAAAUAAACAAAAUGGAGGCCAGGCCCAGACGGCAAUCUAUGAAGGAAAAAGAACACCAGGAGGUAAAGAAGGAAGAAAAGAAGGAAGACCAGAACAAGGAGCAGGAAGAGGGUAAGGUGGUUCAGCAGGUGGAAGAGAUGGAGACAGGUAAUCAGAGCAAUGAUGUAGAAAUGGAAGAGGUAGCGGAGGAAAAAGAGGUAGGUGCUAGUCAUAGUGAUGGGGAGAUAGAACAGGAGGAGGAAGAACAGAAAGAGGAAUUGGAGGUUAAAGCAGCAGAAGGAGCAGAGGUGAAAGAGAAUGAUAGGCACCAAGAAAAUCAGGAGGAGGAUGUUGUGUUAGUGAAAGAAGAUGGGGAAGAUAUUCUGCCAAUAGAUGGUGAACAAGAUCUGAUGGAAACUAGUGAGGCAGAUCAUGUAGAACCACUAGAAAAUGAGAAUAGCAAAGAAGUGGAACCAGAACUGGAGUGUAAUAUCCAACCAGAACAGGAAGGGCCUGUUGCCCUGGAAAAGGAGGAAGCCAGCAAGUCAGAAGGUGAAGUUGCAGCUGAAGUUGAAACAGAGGAGGUGGAAGAAAAGGAGUCUGAGUCCACUCCCACAAUAUCAGAGGCUGAGGCCCAGCCUCAGUCAGAGUCCGUGGUUCAGCCACAGCCUCCACCGCAGUUGGAAUCCAUUCAAGAUCAGGAGCCUCAGAUAGACAAAGAUGAAUCUGCAGUGCCUGACAAACUGCCUGAAAUUCAGGCAGAGCCAGUGCAGGCAGUAACUGUAGAAGCGGCAGGUAAGGUAAGGAGUAGGAGCAGGGGUCGAGCAAGGAACAAAACCAGCAAGAGUCACAGUCGGAGUACUAGCAGUAGCACUAGCAGUACUAGCUCCACAAGUAGUAGUAGUGGCAGCAGUUCCAGCAGUGGCAGCAGUAGUAGUCGCAGUAGUUCCAGCAGCAGUAGCAGCAGUAGCGGAACUAGCAGCCGAGAAAGUAGCAGUAGUUCUAGUAGCAGUGAGAGCAGAAGUCGAAGCAGAGGGCGUGGGCACAAUAGGGAUAGAAAGCGCAGGAGAAGUGCGGAUCGGAAGCGAAGGGAUAAUUCAGGAGUAGACAGAAGUCACAAGUCUUCGAAAGGUAGAAGCAGAGAUGCAAAAGACUCAAAGGAUAAAAGUUCAAGGUCGGACAGAAAGAGGUCAAUAUCAGAAAGUAGUCGGUCAGGCAAAAGAACUUCACGGAGCGAAAGAGACCGUAAAUCAGACAGGAAAGACAAAAGGCGUUGACAGAAGAGACCAGGCUCCCUAGCCUAAUCUUUGCAGCAGAAGAUUACUUGAGUGAAAGGAUUCCAUGUGAGGAAGAAAAGGCUGCCUUAAUUGCAUGCUGUUGUUUUUUUUUAUUUGAGAAAUACAGACUUUACCAGGCAACUCUUGUGCUUUUUACAUGAUUUUGUAAAAGGUUACUUGUCAAAUUAUGUGAAGAUACAGAUAUGUACAAAUAAAGGGAGGGACAGCUCGUUCAUCUUUUUAAAUAUUCUGUACUUAGGAGUUUCUGUAUAUUUUAAUAGAUACACCAUUACAGUUGUGUGAUUUGAUUCUGUAUCAUAAGUUUUUUGUAAAAAUAAAUGUGCAUUUUACGAGGUUUGAGAGUGCCUCUUGCAUAGAAAUCUUUUCCCCUUUAUUUGCAAAAUUUAUAGAGUUGUUAACCUGCCUGUUAACUCUCCUAAUUGCUAACAAUUUCAAUUCCAAAGUCAUGAAGGAGUACACACCUGCGCAUAAUCCGGGUUUUCUUUUCUGUGUUUUCACUAUACAAGUCUAUUUUAGGUUUUACUAAUGUUGUUUGGUGAACUGUUCAUAUAUGGGAGCAAACUAAGUAUGUCAGGCCAGUUUUAAUUUGGACAUCUAAAACCUGUUUGGAAAGCCCUGUAGUUAUUACUGCAAGCCAUGCCUGCCCUCUAGUGCUAGGGUGAUGUUUAGAGAAUUUUAAAUUUGCAGUUCCAUUAACUUCAGUGCUUUGCUGUAUAGUGCAGGAAGGUGCGGUCAACUUCUAAACUAAAUUAUUGUGCAUCACUGACUAAAAGCCUUUACAUGCCAAUAACAAUGGAUUAUACUGUUAAAUUAAUCUGGGACUAACAUGUCUGUUGUGCUUAUGAAUACUGUUGAAUGGGGAAACUGAACUCAGACUUUGCAUUUCUGUACAGCUAAAGCAAGUAAAUGGCAAAAUAGCUAGUAUUAAAAAGGUGACUUGCUGUUUUUAAAUUUUCUAUAAAAUUUAAGUGUAUACAUUGGCCUGUCCUGUAAAAGUCCAAAUAAAGGUAGCUUUAUGUACUA